AUGAGCAAACUUCUCAAACUAACUUCAAUCGCGUGCUUGACCUCGACGCUGGCCGGUGUUUCCUACCUGUACAUGGUUGACAGAAAUGGAUACCACUAUCAAAAUGCAACAUGGAAGCGAAUGUCUGACCAUGUUCAAGGGAUUUUGGACCGCAAAGACGACCUUGUAGUGCAUCAAAGAGGCCAAAACGCUCAGGAGGUGGUUAUCAGACCUCUAGGCGAGACUUUGAAAGAUAUGUGGAACGCGCAAAUCAGAAGCGCAGUCGAUUGGACGUACUCUUGGGGUAAAUGA